AUGGGAGGGCGCGGCCGGAGCAGCGGUGGGCGGGGCCACAUAGUCUUGCGGCGGGUGCGGGAGUCGCGGCGGGGGGAGCGGCGGAGCGCGGCCGGGAUACAGCAGCGAUCCGGAUGGUCACUGCGGGGCCGGGGGAAACCUGAUCGGCUAGAGCAGGAGGAGGAGAAGAGAGAUAGGAAGGGGGGAGAGGAGGAGAAGGGAACGCGGGGGGGGGGGAGGGAGGAAGGAAAAAAAUCCCCACAAGAAAAAAAAAAAAAAGAGAAAAAAAAAAAAAGGAAAACAAACCGAAACAUGUCUUCUGCCUCCCCCGCCACGGACGACAUCGUGAUCGCGGUAGAGAUCAAGGAGGAAAAUGUGAUGGAAAUGCUCUCCGAAGCCCCCGACGGGCCCGCGCCGCCGCCCCCUCCCGCCGCUGCCCCGUUCCCCAUGGAGCAUGCAGGCUCCGCUGCCGCCGGCGAGGAGGGAGCCGCGGAACAGGUACUGCUCCACACGGAACUCCUGGCCAGGAAUCACCACGCUGCCUCCUCUCCCUCCUCUUCAUCUUCUUCUUCCUCCUCAUCCUCCUCCUCGCAGACCCCCCUGGCUUUCUCCCCGGACCACGUCGCCUGCGUGUGCGAGGCGCUGCAGCAAGGUGGGAACCUGGACCGCCUGGCCAGGUUCCUGUGGUCUUUGCCCCCGAGCGAUCUGCUACGUGGCAACGAGAGCCUGAUGAAAGCCCGGGCGCUGGUGGCUUUUCACCAGGGCAUCUACGCCGAGCUCUACAGCAUCCUGGAGAGCCACAACUUCGACUCCUCCAACCACCCGCUGCUGCAGGAGCUCUGGUACAAGGCUCGCUACACCGAGGCGGAGCGAGCCCGGGGCAGACCCUUGGGGGCGGUGGACAAGUACAGGUUGCGGAGGAAAUACCCCCUGCCCAGGACCAUCUGGGACGGCGAGGAGACGGUCUACUGCUUCAAGGAGAAGUCCCGCAACGCGCUGAAGGAGCUCUACAAGCAGAACCGAUACCCCUCGCCCGCCGAGAAGCGCAACCUGGCCAAGAUCACUGGGCUGUCCCUCACCCAGGUCAGCAACUGGUUCAAGAACCGCAGGCAGCGGGACCGCAACCCUUCCGAGACCCAGUCCAAAAGCGAGUCAGAUGGCAACCCUAGCACAGAAGAUGAAUCCAGUAAGGGGCGGGAGGAUUUAUCUCCCCAUCCACUCUCCAGCUCAUCCGACGGCGUUACCAGCCUCAGCCUUCCCGGCCACAUGGAGCCUGUCUAUAUGCAGCAACUUGGAAACACUAAAAUAGCCUUGAGCUCGUCUGGUGUCUUACUGAAUGGGAACCUCAUGCCUGCCAGUACCUCUCCUGUCUUCCUCAAUGGUAGCUCCUUUCUUCAGGGACCCAACAGUGUCAUACUCAAUGGACUCAGCGUGGGCACUUCGCAGACUGUUACCUUAAACUCGCCCAAAGCCGCGUCGAGUGUUGUGAGCAAUGGGGUGUCCAUCACUGACAUACUGUCCUCAUCGUCAUCAGAAGAUGUUAAAGACUUCAAACUCCUUCAGGCUUCAGUCCCCAAUGCCACAGCAACCUUCAGCCCUAGCAACAUCCCAGUCACUUUCCCAGGAUUGAUACCGAGCUCAGAGGUGAAAAGGGAAGGCGUAGAAACUGCUGCUUCCCAGGAUGGAGGCUCCGUAGUUACUUUUACUGCUCCUGUCCAAAUAAACCAGUAUGGCAUUGUCCAGAUCCCCAAUUCAGGAACAAAUGGCCAGCUGCUGAACGGAAGCAUUGGUUUUUCUUCUCUGCAGCUGCCUCCAGUUUCUGUGGCAGCUUCACAAGGUAAUGUUUCAGUAAGCCCCAGCACAUCUGAUGGAGGAACUUUUACAACUGAAUCUUCAACAUUGCAGCAAGGCAAGGUUUUCUUCAGCCCCCUUGCUCCGAGUGCAGUGGUUUAUACAGUUCCCAAUUCGGGCCAGGCAGUAGGAUCUGUCAAGCAAGAAGGACUGGAAAGAAGCCUGGUGUUUUCUCAGUUGAUGCCAGUCAGUCAGAGCACACAACUGAACGUCAACAUGUCCUCUGAAAAUAUAUCCAGUGCAGGACUCCAGUCCCUGGCCUCCUCGUUAGUGAAUGUAACGCCCUCACAUAAUUUUUCCCUCACACCACCAACUCUUUUAAAUGCUGCAGAACUGAGCUCUGGUAUCUCAGAGAGCCAGUCCAUGUCUUCACCCGUGACCAGUACCUCUACAGUGAUAUCUAUCAGCAACACUAACUAUGCAACCCUUCAGAACUGUCCCCUCAUCACCAGUCAGGAUCUGUUGUCCAUUUCCACAGCACAGCCCGUGCUUGGAGAAGUAGUUUCAACAAGUGGAGACCGUGUCAGCCAGCCCCCUGCACAAGUGCACCAGGAUUUUGGCAGAGAGCACAGGUUGGUUCUGCAAGCUGUACCAGAUGUCAAAGAGAAUUUCUUACCCAAUUCUGAGAGUAAGUCAACUGGCAAUUUAAUGAUGCUGGAUUCCAAAUCUAAAUAUGUUAUGAGUAACAUGGUUGACACGGUAUGUGAAGAACUGGAAACGGACAAAAAAGAACUUGCCAAACUGCAGACAGUUCAGAUGGAUGAAGUUAUGCAAGACUUGUAACUUCUUUCUUUUCUUGCUUUCUGUUUUAAUAGAUAAGUCUCCUGUUGAGGCCCUAACAAACACCUAGUGGGGUGUUUGUGGGUUUUUUGUUUGGUGGUUUUUUCAUUUAAAGAAACCAGAAGAACAUUUAAGUGGUCUGAAUCAAUGUACAGAGGAAUCUCCGGCAAUGGAAUGAGGUUGCCACCCUUGGUUUGCAUGCAGUAUUCUCUUUUAAGCAGAUUAAAGGAGAAAGGAAGUGGCCAGGGCAAGUACUGAGGAAUGGGUACAGGUUUGGCUACCAGAUACUACCCUGAAAAUUUAACUAGACUCUCCAUAGUACAACAUACUCUUAACAGUAAGUAUACACUCCUAGCUUCAGAUGGAAAACAAAAAUCUCACUCCAAAAGGUAGAAAAAGUGCAGUCAUUUUUUUUUUUCUGUUUACUUCCAGUCCAUGGGCAUUGAGAGAUUUCUAAGGAACUCCAGACGAUACCUCUCCGGCUACUUUUAUGUUGUUUGAGGUUAAGAAACAAAACAAAAUCAUAAUAUUGUUACUGGUAUGUUUGCUCUUUUUUCCAGCAGACUUGCAUUCAAACCAAAAAUCUCACAUCAAUCAUGUGCAGGUUUCUAAAUGCUACAGCUAACAUUUUGUCAAUGCACCAGAAAAGGCAUCGUUUGAAACUCUAAUUAUGCAAUACAGAAGCUUUCUAUCCAGUAUGAAUGUAAAUAUUGUUUCAGUUCUUAUAAAGGAGACUUUUUUUUUUAAUUAGUACAAUGGAUUUUAUUUAUGGUUUAUGUUCCCUUUCACUUUAGACACAAUGCAUUGAAAAGGAAAACGUUUUCUGGCUGUUUAAUUUAUUUUAUUGUUUGAGCAGGAAGUAAGCGUAGUUAUUUCUGACAAGGUUUUACUUUUUUGUAGUUUUUUUUCAAGCAAUAGACUGUAAAAGUAAAAUGUUAAUCACACUGAAACUAGAAAAUUAAUUCCCAGUCUCACAAACCCAGGAGGUCACUGUUUCUACCCCCUCUGUCUUUGUGUUCCGGGGUUUUUUUUUUGUUUGUUUUGUUAGUAAUUUGCGAAUUAGUUGAACACUUUUGUGUAUUUUUUACAGAAUUCCACGUGCCUUUCUUCCUUGUGGCCUUAUCUUUGUUACUAAAGCACAGUGGCAGGAGGAAUAAAAACACUGAUUUGCAAAUAUCCGUCCUCAGGGCCAAAUCCUGAUGCCUUACUUCUGCAAGUGGACCCGCUGACUUGGGUGCCCCUGCUUGCAUGAGUAAGAAGAGAUGUGAGAGUGUUUUGGGCUUGGUGGGUGACAUUUCCUGGCAGUGCAGAGAGCCAAGGGUGGGUCCUGGUCCUUCUGCAGAGGGAGCACAGGGAAAGCUCUUAGCUCCAGGCUCAGGCAGAUGAGCAGGAAAGGUUGGAUGUGCAGGCUGAGGAAGGGAACCCCAGGGUGUUUGAGCAAGGCCCCCAGCCAGGAGUGCAGCUGAGUGUGUAUUUUUAUAUAUCCUCCCAGGAAAAGCAGCCUGGGGAUGAUGGUGGGAACUGCAGCAGCCAUGGUCCAUGCCUGGCUGAUGGUGGCAGCAGAAGCAGGUGGGCUCUGGGCAGGUGGAACAGACCUUAACCUUUCCUCCAGAGGAGUUUUUGUAGCAUGGAAAAGCACAUCCUUUAAGCUUUAAAAUAAUAAGAAUUCAGAUGUACAGAAAUGACAUGCUGUUAAUCCUCGUGGGUUUGGUUUUGUUAUAUUUUAUGGCAAUGUGAAUAUAUACAGUAACUAAAGCAUGUGUUCAUCCUCAUCAGGGGCCUGGUCCAAAGCCUUGGGAGGCAAUGGGAAAUGUUGUCAUAAGCUUCUGUGGGCUCUGAAUCAGGCUCAGGACAAAACAAGAUCACUUGUAAAGGACAAAAAAAAAAAUUGAAAGGAGAGAUAAUUGAGGUGGCAUAUCCCAGUGUGUUUGUCUUGGUUUUAACUGGUUCCAUGGAAAGCUUUUGGGGAAUGAAGGUUUUUCCGUGCACCGUGAGCACGGCAUCGGCAUUCUCGUUGUAGUUUUGCACUAUUUUGCCAGGUUUUCUGUGGAACCUUGAGGCUGAGCUCUGGAGUCCAUGCUGUGAGCUCUGGAGUCUCCGGGACUGCAGGGAAAAGUGCAGGGAAAGGGAAGAACGAGCAUGCAAGGGGAGCACUGGCAGCUGCACGGCGUGGCUGGCACUCCGCAGGCAGGAGCAGCCCAUCAGCAGUUGGCUGUCCCCACGUGCUCCCAGGCAAACAGGGUGUUUGAGGCAAGCUCUUUAAAGCAGAGAUUAUCACAAGCAGGACAUGGAGCUGUAUGUUCCCCUGGCACAACUUUCCCUGACGUUCCCGGGAGCUCCGCGUGAGCAGGGAAUUGGAUAGUCCAGAGUUCUCCUAACUGCUCUGCUUGUUUAUCUGUUUGCUGGGCCCCAGCAUGAGCAAUCUGUUUCCCACCUCUUCUUCACCCAUGUAGCUAAGAUGGUGAUGACAGUAGCAGUAGCUGUAUAUGCUUUGCAUGAAAUCAUUCAGCCAUUUGGAAAAUUGGAAAUACCCUGUAUCGCUGUCAUUUUAAUGGAGAAUGUGUACUUGGCUCUGAAGGAGUUGAUGGUGGAUUAACAUUUGGUCUGUGAGGCUCAGACUAUAUUUGGAGGCAAGCUAGGGAAUAUUUCAGAGCAGUUGUUGGUGUGAUCAUCUCUCUUAACUGAAGAGACUGUGGUGUUACAGCAGUACCUGUUACUUUAUUUUUAAUUUUUCCUUCUUUGCACUCAUUGUGUUACUGAGGCUCUGAAUUCCAUGGCUUUGUGGCACAUUGAUGUGAAAAACUGUGUAUGUUGUUACAGUGGCACGUUUCUUGGAGUGUCUGGUACUUGUAAUAGGAGACUUCUCACUCUUCAGUGGGAGUGGAGGAUGUACAUAAAAGCAGUGUUUUGGGACAAAGUAAGAUUAAUCUAUUCUAGUCUUCCAGAUAUCAAGUAACUUCUUACUAUCUUUUACUCUUCCUUUCUUUCUUUUUCCCAUUGAAAGUAAGUGUCAUUCCCUCCAGAUAAUGUAGUUAGAACCUCAUGUUUUCUGCAGGUACAUAUGCACAAUGUAAAGACUCAUUGCACGGUACAGUGUGUUUGAAAUAGAAAUUUAAAUAAGUAGUUUUAUUCCUUACAAGGGUAAGUUUUUAUUUUGUGGCCCUCAGGCAGGCAGGCUCACUGCUCUCAAUAGACAGCACUCAAAGCCCCAAAAAGUGUCCAGGGCCAGAUCUUUGGCUGCUGUAAAUAAGGCGUUGCUCCACUGAUCCCAAACCAAGGAUUUUUGGUGUUUAGGGGAUUUGGAUGCUGCCCUCCCACACAUGGGAAGGCAUUGAGUGUCCAAGCCCCACAGACAGCCCUUAUUAUCACUUUCUGUUGUUUAAAUGGAAGGUAUGUCUACCUGGCAUACACAUUCCUUCUCUUCCCUCCCUCUCUGUUAUGGAUGAGAAUAAAGGAUCUUUUCCACUUCACAUAUGUUUGUAACUUCUAAGUCCACUGGAAAUCUUACAGAAAACAUUGCCAAAUUCUACUGCUUUACUAGUCCCAGACUCAGCUUUGAAAAAUAUGCUUAAAGUUCAAGCAAAUUCUUGCAAAGCACUAUGUUAAAAACCCCUCUCUUCUUUACUACUUUUGAUUUAAGCUGCCUCUGUUUCACCCAGAGUUUUGCAGAAAACCAGAAACACGUUGAAUUGAAUGCUCUGUUUGGACUAUUUGCAGCAUUAUCCCUGUGGUCUUACCUGCAAGGACAUUUCAUCAAUGUAAAUCACAGCUUUCUGUUGGCCAGGUCCUCAGCUGGGCUAAAGUAGCACAUUUCUGUUGACUUUAAUGUCCUUUGAUGCCAGCUGGGAAUAUGGUCCUUUCAUUUCACACGUGUUAGGUCAGGGACAGAUUUGGCCCAGUACACAGUGGCAGCACAAACCAGAGCACAAGGCUGACACUUGGCUAGAACCAAACAGUCACAGUCUGUCAAAGCAUAUACCUCUUCCCAUUUACUGCUCUCCCCUACCUGUGGAUUCAGGAAGACUCAUUCAGAAAGUGGCUUCACCCACAAGUGAGGCUGGAACUGUCGUUACUGCACUCAGUCUGAGACUGAUGACAAUAAUGGACAGGUUCUGACUUCAAAUCCUGCAAAAUCACCUCAGUAACAAUUCUUAGUUAAAUAAAUCAGGGUGGAAUUUGGCCCUGUGUGCACAGGAGCUUUUCACAUAGAUUUCCCAUGUCUGUGCACUUUUCUUAGCAAGGGCAGAUGAACAAGAGGGUGAAUCCCUCCAGCAUCAUGUGAAAUAUGUGUGCAGGGCUCUGGGGACAUGAACUGCCCAGUGCUUUUGGUCAAGAAGAAUGUCAAAUAAUGAAAAAGAAUCAUAAUUUUGUAAUUCUGAAAACAAAAAUAAUGGUAUUUUUAAAAGCCAUUUUUAAAAUACCACUUUUGAUGGUAUUUUAAAAAGGAUGCCUGAAGUCUUCCUGUAUCUCUUAGCAGUUAUUAUCUUGAAGGAUAUUUUAUACCUUAGUUGUAUGUUUCAUAUAAUUUAAAACUUGCUUCUUAAAUUUCUGAACUCAAGGAGGGGGUGAAUCUUCUGGCUUUCAGGAUUCACAUUCAGAGGAUGUUUGUUCUUUUGCUGCAUGUACUGUUUGUCCAGAACUAACCAGUUAUUUCUCCAGUAUGGGUUUUAUUGUGCCUUACAACAAAUAUUAAAUUUAAGCGGAAUGUACGCGUUAGAGGAGGGAAUAAUCAAGAAGUUUUUACUGCACUGUUAGGUGAUGCUGCCCCAGAGUGUAUCAUCAAACAUAUCUGUGCUUAAUUACCCAACCAAAGAGAUCUAAAGUAUGUAUGUUUGUUGUACUGUAAUAGGGGUUUGUGCCUGGACAAUUAAGUGUUUUAUUUGUAUUCUGAGAUGAUGUGAACUUAUUUUUCUAAACACUAUACUGAAUAAACUUUAUAUUUAUACA